GAUAAGAAAACUGACAUAAGGAAUUUGGGGGACUUUGGCCAGGACAAAUGGCAGAAUUGGAGCUGAGGCCCGGGAGCCCCUAAGUCGCCGUCCCACUCCACUCACCAGCCACCGCUUCCCCGGGGGCCGAGGCUCCAAAACGCACCGGCUCAUAGCCGGGCUCCGCCACAGCCCAGCGCGCAAGAGGCCGGGAGGCGACAUGCUGCCUCCAUUCACGGCCCGGACCCCGCCCCCUAGCGUCAUCCAGUCCGCCGCCAAUCGCGUCGCCAAGUGUCCAGGGGCGGCCCCCGCGUCCAAUCCCGGCCGGGCAGCGCGGCCGCCGAGCGCCUGCGGGGCGGAAGCGGCGGGGCGGGGCGGUGGCUGUGUGAGCGCUCCCGCGCGUUCCGCGGCUCGGCGUCACCGUGUCCCUGUGGGGUCUGUGUGGAACACUCGGAGCCUUUGCUUAACCUUCGAUUGGGAAAGGGGCCUUCGUUGUGCCCCCCGCUAUGGCCCUGCCUCGCGGCGGAAACCGGCAAGUCCCUUCCCCGCGGCAGGCCUCCACCUCCCCAGCUAAUAAAAGUUUCCUGACCUCCUUCCGGCUCCCACAGCCUGGGGCGUGGGGGCGUGGCCAAAGGGGCGGAGCCUGUGGGCGUCCUGGAGAUGGUGCCUAGCAACAGCAGGGCUGUGGCCGCCAGGGCGUGCGAGCCGCGAGGGUGUUGGCGCAAGCCCCGGGGGCUUCCUGGAAGGGGCUCAUGGCGGACUCUAAUGAGCUACCACCAAGGCCAGCUGUGCUUGGAGCAAAAGGAAUGGGAGAUGGCUGUGCUAUUCUUGUCCCGCGCCCUCCACCUGGACCCCCAGCUGGUAGAAUUCUAUGCCCUGCGGGCCAAGGCCUACAUCCAGCUCUGCGACUUCUCCUCGGCUGCCCAGAACCUGCGAAAGGCCCACUCAAUCCAGCCAGAGAACACUAAGUACCUGGAGCGGCUCACCUUUGUGCUUUACCUGCAGGGCCAAUGUCUGUUUGAACAGUGCGCCUUCCUGGAUGCCCUGACUGUCUUCUCGCAAGCUUCCGAGCUCCAGCCUGAGAAACCCUGUUUCCGUUACCGAUGCAUGGCCUGUCUCCUGGCCCUCAGACGGCAUCGGGACUGCCUCUCACUCAUCACCAAGGAGGUGAGGCAGGGCACCACCAACGCUGAUAUCUACAUCCUCCAGGCCAGACUCUACAACUUCCUCCAGAAGCCCAACCUCUGCUACCGUCACCUGCACAGAGCCUUGCUGCUGGAUCCCAAGCACCCGCAGGCCAGGGUGCUGCUCGGGAAGAUGGUGGAGCAGGCCCAGCGGGCGCGCCAGGAAGCCGGGAUCCUGGCCGUGCAGGGGAAACUGCAGCACGCACUGCAGCGCAUCAACUGCGCCAUCGAGAACAACCCUCUGGACCCCAGCCUCUUCCUCUUCCGGGGCAUCCUGUACCGACGGCUCCAGGAGUUUGACGGGGCUGUGGAGGACCUCCUGAAGGCGCUGGACAUGCUGAGCGACAGCCAGGAGGACAUGGUACAGCAGGCGCAGCGCCAGCUGCUGCUGGCCUACAACGACUUCGCCGUGCACUGCUACACGCGUGGCGCCUACCAGGAGGGCGUGCUGCUGCUGAACAAGGCGCUCAGGGGCGAGCAGCAGGAGAAGGGGCUCUAUAUCAACCGAGGCGACUGCUUCUUCCAGCUGGGCCACCUGGGCUUUGCCGAGGCGGACUACAAGCAGGCGCUGGCGCUGAGCCCGCACGACGAGGGCGCCAACAUGCGCAUGGGCCUGCUGCAGGAGAAGAUGGGCCUCUGCGAGCAGAGGCGCAGGCAGUUCCAGAGGGCGGAGGAACACUUCUCGGUGGCCAUCCAGCACAACCCGCAGAAGGCCCAGUACUACCUGUACCGGGCCAAGAGCCGGCAGCUCCUGCAGAACAUUUUUGGGGCCCGCCAGGAUGUUGCUACUGUCCUGCUUCUCAACCCCCAGCAACCAAAGCUGCUCCCGCUGAUGACCAACCUCUUCCCGGGCAUGUCGGGGAAAGAGGUGCUUGGCAGCCAGAUGGCCCACCUGGCCCAGCUGCAGCUGCAGCGCUUGGUGGAGAGCAGUCAGCAGGCUGGUGGCCCGCAAGGCAUUGUGGGGCUGCUCAGGGAGCUGGAAUUAAAGCGCCAGAAGGCCCGGGCCCUGCAGCUCUCAUGGAAGCAGGAAGAGCCUCUGUUUGAGACCUCCAAAGAGCUGAAGGUGAAGGCCACAGCCCAGAUCCCGCCGGUAGAGCCAGCAAGCUCAGAGGGAGAGGCCAAGGUGCCCAAGGGGAAAGAGGCAGAGAAAAAAGAAAAGGGCCCGAGCAGCUGCUGGCCUUGCAGAGCUAUGGCCACUGGGGCCUCUCACGGUCUGGACUGCCCAGUCUGUUUCCUGCCACAGGAGAAGAAACUGGACAAGGUGACGUCCCUGUCAGACAGCUACCUCGACCAGACCUCUUCAGGCUCUGCCUUGGGCUUCAGGACCAUGAGCACCCUGGAGACAGAGACGUCGACUACCAGCCAGGAAUAUAGGAGCACCUCGGCUACCGCUGUGACGUUCUCCGACUCCUCACUCCUGAAGACUCAAUCUUCAGACUCCGGAGACAACAGGGAGGACCUGCCCCUGAGCCACAGCCCCAGAAAAGCCAAGGCUUCCCAGGGCCCAAGGCAGAGGCCCAGCAAGACCGAGACCACCCAGGGACAGAGUCGGAGGCCCAGGAAGAUCAAGGCCACCCAGAGCCCAAGGCAGAGGCUCAGAAAGUCCAGGGCUGCCCAUGGCCAGAACUGGAGAUCCGGCAAGGCUGAUGCCACCCAGGGCUGGGGACUGAUCCGAAGUUCCAGCAAGACCAACACUUCCCUUGACCUAGAUUGGAGCCCCCGGAAGCCUGAGGCCACCCAGGGCCAGAGCCAGCGCCAGCGCCAGAGCCAGAGCCAGAGGCCCAGCGAGGCUCAGACUGCCCAGAGCUGGAGCCAGAGCGCAAGCUCAAGUUCCAACAAUGCUGAGUCCACCUGGGGACCAAGCCCAGCUACCAGCAAAACCAAGACCACCCGGAGCCUGAGCCAGGGCCGCAGCAACACCAGGGCUGGUCAGGACACUGGCAAGUAUUAUGCUCUCUGAGGGGCCACUGAGCCCCUCACUUCUUGCUGGGGAGGGAGGCGAUUCUAUCCCCAACACACUGGCACUCAGCAAAGCUGCCUCCUUCCAGAGCGACUAGAAACCAUAACCAACAUUCCUCUGGUCCCAUGGCUAAGUUUAUUUUACUUGUUCUCUUUUACAAAAUUAAAAACUUCAAAAACCA